AUGGCUUCAUAAUAAGUUAUGGAGUUGUUAUAAAGUCAUGGUAAUCUAAGAAUUAAUGAAAUGAAAUUAAUAGAACAAGAGCAAUAUUAUAUCAGUCUAAUAAAAGAGUAAAGAGAAAAAGUAAAAAUGAAUUAUUUAUUAAUGAUAGAUGGAAAUAUUAAAAAAUGAAUUUUUAAAAAAGGAUUAAAUAAUAAUUGAUUUGUAAAGCUAAAUAAAUGAAUUAUUAGAAGAAAAUUAACAGUUGAAAGAGGUUUAUUAAGAAUCAAUAUAGAGAAAGGAAUAAGAAUUUUAUAAAAUGAAUAAAUUACAAUUAGAAAAAGAUAAUUUGAUAAAAGAUAUUUUUGAAUUGAAGGGUGUGAUAGAUCAUUUGAAAUAAGAAAAUGAUACAUUGAAUGUAUAAAUAAAUGAUUAGAAAUUAAUAGUCUUUGUAUAUAAAUAAUGAUGAGUAAUAAAGAUAAUUGAAAGAAUAAUUAAUUUAUUUUGGAGAAGAAAAUAGUAUAUUGAAAACAGAAAUAUAAAAAUUAGAUGAGAUUUUAUUUUAGAAUGCACCUUUGAAAACUGAAAAUGAGAAGUUAAAAGAGAAAUUGAAAUAUUAUAAAUUAGAAAAGAGUAGAAUUCUUUAGGAUAUGAAAUAAAGCAAAUAAGAGAUUAAUAAUCAGAUAGAAGAAUUUAAGUAAGUAAUAUCAAAAGAUUUUUAAAAUGAAAUGGAAAGAUUAUAAGAGUACAAAGAGAACUAUUAAUAGUUAAAUUAAAAAGUGUAGGAUUUAGAAGAAAGGUGUAUGAGUUUAAGUGAAGAAAAUAAUGAAUUAAAAUAAGAAAUAUAAUCAUUAUAUCAAAAAGAGGAAAGUGAAAUAAAAAUGAAGUCUGAAAUAGAUAGAGUAAAUAAUUGGUUUAUUUGAAAAGGUUAGAUAAGAUCUUAUGUAAGUUAGAGAAUAUGAAACAUAAAAGUUGAAUGAACUAUUUAAUGGUAUGAUAAGUUAGGGCAGUUUAGCCAACUCAUAGGAAUAAUUUUAUUGA